AUGGGCCUAAAACCACAGGAACCGUCGCCCAAAACCAUAGGGACUGUCGUUCAAACACACGUUCGAUCGACGAAACGAUCGACCAAAAAGAUCGGAACGUCGUUCAAAACCAUCCUGAACGUCUUCCAAAACCAUCGGGAACGUCGUCAAAAAACAUUGGAAAAAAGUCAUCCAAAGCCAUAUGAACCGUCGUCCAAAGCCAUAGAGGAACCGUCGUCCAAAGCCAUAGAGGAACCGUCGUCCAAAGCCAUAGAGGAACCGUCGUCCAAAACCAUAGAGGAACCGUCGUCCAAAGCCAUAGAGGAACCGUCGUCCAAAGCCAUAGAGGAACCGUCGUCCAAAGCCAUAGAGGAACCGUCGUCCAAAGCCAUAGGAACCGUCGACCAAAGCCAUAGAGGAACCGUCGUCCAAAGCCAUAGAGAAACCGUCGUCCAAAGCCAUAGAGGAACCGUCGUCCAAAGCCAUAGAGGAACCGUCGCCCAAAGCCAUAGAGGAACCGUCGUCCAAAGCCAUAGAGGAACCGUCGUUCCAAAGCCAUAG